AUGGUAGAAAAAAAUAAUUCGGUCGCUGCUAUCCAACAAAAAAUUUUUAUCGAAAAAGUUUUGAAAACUCGUGAGAUAAACCCCAAACAACGGGUGAAUUAUCCGAAACAGUUGCCGUGUGUUAACUGCAAGCAAUUGAUAAGGUAUACUAGUUCGACCGGUAGUUAUUACCGCGAUGAAAUUACUGCCAACGGGUUUCCCAAUGCCCAAGAACACCGACGGGAUAAUCCAAACUUUUGUGCUUGGUAUCCUCAAUCGGAAUUAUUUCACCGCCAAGUUCUUAAUGAGUUUAAAAAAUGUAUAAUUACCGGAGUUGGCAAAAAAAGUAAGAAUUUACAUGCUUGCCAUAUUAAACCUCGGGGAAAAUGUGAUAAUGAUGUUGAAAAAUUAGAUAAAAAUAAUGGAUUAUUGCUUACUCCCAAAUUUCAUAAACUCUUUGAUAAUGGGCUGUUUAGUUUCAGUGAUGAAGGAAGAAUAAAAUUUUCUAAUCAGUUGUCAGAAGCAGAUAGAAAAUGA